CUGUGACGCCUGCUAAGCUGUGUGGGUGCAUAUAGUGUGUUUAUUAUUUAAAGAUACUACAUUGUCACUUGCUCAAUUUCCCGUUUUUAAAAUUCAUAACGGGGUAAAUAAAGAAACGAUACCUAUACCAUUUCUCAACUUUUUCGUGGCGUCGGUCAAGACAAGACACAUUUAUACCAAUAUGUUCAAUUUUAUGGAUAUUAAUGGCAUGACAAUGUGAGAAUAUGUCUAUGCUUUAUUCGAGUGAAUCGCCUGGGAGCAUUUUGUGUUCUAAUAGUAGCCUUUCGGGAUGUGCUUUAUGUCCAUGGAUGAAUGGUUCUAUGUGGAUUGAAGAAUCUCGUACUGCAAUCUUACGAAGGUAUGCGUAUGGAAUUACACUGCCGGCUAUUUGCAGCCUUGGAAUUGUUGGAAACGUUCUCAAUCUUGUCGUUCUCACAAGAAGAAAUAUGCGGGGAAUUGCUUAUAUUUAUAUGAGAGGUUACUCAGCUUCUGCUCUUUUGGCAAUCCUUUUUGCUCUCCCUUUUGCGUGGCGCGUUUUAGAGCACCGAGAUUUAGGAAGGUGGGAAAGUUCCAGUUUGGCCUUUUACCACGCUCAUCUGGAGUUAUUCCUCGGAAACGGCUGCCUUGGAGUUGGGGUGAUAAUGCUUUUGGCGUUAACGUUAGAACGUUAUGUAAGUGUUUGUCAUCCAGGACAUGCUCGUCCACUAUUGGGGUCUCCAAACCGUGUGGUUAUUUUAAUACCGCUGACAACGUUUUUUGUAUAUCUCCCGGUUGUCUUUCGAAGUAGAGUAACAAACUGCACCAUAUAUCCCGGUGGCUCUAGUUUCUAUCGGCGUCAGGAUGUAGCUAUGAUUGUGGAGCAUCCUUUAUUUAAAAUAUACACGGUGAUUUUGGAAAUCGUUUUUAAAGUAAUUCCCAUAGUUUUAUUGGGAAUUCUAAAUCUUAAAAUUCUAUUGGUUUAUCGAAAAUCGUGCGAACGUCGUCGGAGAAUGACUAUUAAUCGAACGCCUGGAAUUGAAGAUCAUCGGAAAUUUGCCGAGGAGAAAAGACUGAUGCUCUUACUUGGAUCUACAAGUAUUUUAUUUCUUGUCUGUGUAUCGCCUAUGGUCAUUCUGAACGUAACGCUGUCUGAAGUAAAUUUAACAAGAUAUCCUUACCAGGUUUUCAGAGCGUUGGCCAAUCUACUGGAAGUAACUAAUUAUUCAAUUACAUUCUAUAUAUAUUGUAUGUUUUCGGAAGAUUUUAGAAACACUCUUUUAAGAACUCUGCAAUGGUCUAGCGGAAACCUCCAAACAAGCGGAUUUAGUAAGGCGACACCGCCAACGGCUACAACUACAACAACGCAACACCGCAGUGUCUGAUACAAGAUUGCGGGCGGUCACAGUGCCGCCUUCGUUUGAAAGAAAUAUUCCUAUGUGGACAAUAAUUUUACCCUAGUCUAUUAUGUAUUAUCUGGGAAACUAAUGCAAAUUAGUUUCCGAGCAUUUUUACAUUUGGUUACCUUUUACUGUGCUAUCAAAAAUGAGAUGCUGUCGAGUCAUCUUUGGAACUUUUGUUUACAUGAGAAAUCGUACUUACUUAACUUGAACUUCCAAAGGCGACUCGACAGCAACUCAUAUUUGAUCGCCCGUUAUAAUAAAUCGCGGCAGAAAGAAGAGAGCGAAUUGGAUUGUGAGUGAGAAAGAAGUAUGCAUACCUACUCACGCUUGCGUAAAUAACGAAAUGUUAGGGAACUUCCGGUGCAACUGGAAGUUUUUACAAAAUUGAACAAUUUUAGCUGAAACGAGCUCAAGGAAUUACUAACUCGCAUGUAUACACUGUUACAUAAAUAUAGUUGCAUUAGUUUCCGUUCGAUACCAAGGAUGCUAUAUAAUACCUAUAUACAUAUAUAUAUAGGACUCUACGCCUAUUUUAUAUAUAAUAUAGUGGACCCGGUUGCGACGUCGGAUUUCCAUUUGUUCUUUGUUUUUUUUUCUCAGCAACGAUAAGGAGUUAAUGGUUGGACUGGUUUUGGGGUAUGUCCGUAUGUCCCGUCCGAUUUUGCAAACAUUUUUUCAAAAUCUUCUUUAAAAAACUUAAAACUCUGAACAAGGUAUGAUAAUAAUAUAAUACAUGAUUUCCAAGGUUCGUAAUAUUGGUGGAAAUACGUAUAUUAUUACAGCCAAAUAUUGCACAUCAGCGUCCCGGCAUUUUUGUUACAAACACUGAAACAGUGAACAGUGAUGCACAAACAUUUAUUACAAUUCAGCAGAUUAUAACAGUGAAUUCUGGCAGCCAGGUUCGUUAGUGACGCCACGAACAUAGAUAUCUGCCUAUCCUAUGUUAUAUAGCAUCCUUGGCUCGAAACUUUGUAAAUGCCCAUAAUAGUUAUGCUGUGAUACUACCUAUACACCAAAACCUCACCUAUUUACAUGUAUGGAUUCAUGUACGCAAAUAUUUCAAUAAAUUUAAACCUUAAAUAAAAAUAACAACAACCGCAGUAAAAUUUUCUCUGUACAGUACGUAUAACUCGUUAGGUAUAGGUACUUAUGAAACUGACCAUAUAGGUAUUAUUGUUAUUUGUUGGUGAGAAAUUUUAGAACAAUUUUGUACGCAAAACUUAUAUAAAUUAUAAUUAUGUAUGUUAACUGUAUAUAAUAUAGAUCAGCUUUCAAUGUUCAUAU